AAGAAAGGUGUGUUACAGCUGAGAUAACAGCGGGUUCCUGUGACAGUGGAGCUUGGUCCAACCUGUGAUUGCCUUUGGCCUGCAAGAAAUGAAAGGGUGGCUUUGAAGUGCUGGGGCUGCUGCUGUGGAGGGAUUUUCCAUUCAGGCAUUGUGCAAUGCAUGUGUGUGAAGUGCCUGUGCAGAAGGAAGCUGAUUUCGGACAGCGUGAGUAUCAGAGUCGUCUUUGUGGAGGGGCUAGGAGGAGUUCCUCUGCUAGAGGAACUCGUCCAGCAGCGCGUGGUGCAGACCACAAAUGGCUCUCAGCCCCAUAGCUCUGCCAGAAGGGGCAGCUGGGGGCGCAGCAGCAGGAAGCAGGAGGGCAGGGUGUUUCCUGUGGCCAGCAGGCUUGUGGUUUGAAAUUUGGGUAUUGAAAUGUGGAUGGAGAACCCUCACGGGAAGAGCUGCCCCGCGGUCUGUGAGGGGCAGGGGUGCUGCGAGGCUGUGCUCUGCCUGCCCAUGGGCGAGGUGAGGGGCUCCUGGCCAGACCUCAGCCCUGAAUUUGGGGCUUUCCACCCCUUGCCCCUCACACCCAGCCCUUGCAGGAACAUCCUCCGUGCUCUCACAUGAGUGGGGCGAGCUCCUUCCACUCCAGCUCACCCAAAGCCUCGUGCUCAUCCCUCUGCCUCUCAUCUGGGUCACCAGCUACAGGUGAUGCUGUGACAAAACUGAUCCCCACUGGGGCUUGGGGUGAGGAUAACAUCCCCUGGCGGUCAGCACGGGCCCCUACUGUGAUGGCCAGGAGCCCUGAUGCUCUCCCUGGUGCGUGGGGCCCUGUUUUACCUCCGCUUUGUUCCACUCGGGCUCCUGAAUAAUGAAGGACCGUAAGCUGAUCCGGCACGGCGCUCGGGUUUCCAAACGGAGGUCAGGGAGGCUCGGGGAGUCUCCAGCCAUCCCCACGGCCUCACCCCUGCCCCUCUCCUUGCUGGGGUUUUCCUUGCCACUGGUCCAGCUCCGUGCCCCCAGCUGCUGCACGUGCAGAUCCUCGUAAUUCAGCAGGUAAAAGGCUGGAGAGCCCAGCCCCAUGCUGGUUGUGCCCGGACACCGCAACCUGCGCCGUGGCCCCCUUCUGCAGCACCUUUGGGAUUCCCUGCCCAGUGCAAGGACAAGGAUGGGGCCGGGCUGUGAGCGAGGGGACCUGCGCCUGGCACAGCCCCAGGGCUGGGUCCGAGGCCCCGCUUCCUCCCACUGGGGCAGGAAGCACCGAGCCCCAGUUCCUUCCUGCGCUGGGCACGGGGCCAUGACAAGAACGGCUCCACUGCCUCCUGCAGCUUGUGGCUGGGCAGCAAUUCGCUGCCGGCCCUGCUGCAGCUCCCCUGGGCCUUCCAGCACGGGAACGGCCCCGUUCUGAGAAGCCAGGGCCGGCCUGAAGGGCAGCCCCAGCAUUUAGAAUGGAAAAACCCCAGAUAAACACAGGAGCCUUUUAGCCUCCUGCCACGCCUCUGCUGCGAGGGAGAAUAUCUUAAGGGCAAUGUGAGCUCCUUGAAGGCCUCAGCGGGCUGGCCCGGUGCUAUGAGAUGCUCCCCGAAGCGCUGCCUCACGGCUGCGCUCACAGCCUUCGUCCUCCUCCUCCUCUUCCUCCUCCUGCACAGGGGCAGCUGGCAGGAGCAGGAGCCCCUCGAGGUGGAGUUUAAGGACCUACCCCUAGACACCGCCCUGCAGAUGCUGAAGCCAGAAGGGGCCCUGAACAUCCUCCAGGACCCGGACAACCUCUCUGCGCCCCACAACGUCUCCUACCACCUCCUCGCUGGCUCCCUGCCGCCCCGCAAGAAGUUCUUGGCGGUGGGGCUGGCGUCAGUGCGGCGGCCACGUGGCUACUACCUCCCGGCCACGCUCACGUCCCUCUUCAAGCAGUCGACAAAGGAGGAGCUGCAGGAGAUGGUGGUGGUGGUGCACCUGGCUGACGCGGACCCUGGCUGGAACGCCCGGGUGGCCGCCGACAUCACCCGCAAGUUUGCUCACCGCAUCCUCCUGGGCCAGCUCCUGCUGAUCCACGCUCCCCAGGAGUUUUACCCGACCUUGGAGGGCCUCAAGAGAAACUACAACGACCCAGAGGAGCGGGUGAAGUUCAGGUCCAAACAGAACGUGGAUUACGCCUUCCUCCUGGCCUUCGCCGCCAACCUUUCCUCCUACUACUUGAUGAUCGAGGACGACGUGUGGUCUGCCAAGUCCUUCUUCACGGCCAUCCAAAAGGCAGUGGCCUCGCAGGAAGGCACGACCUGGGCCACCCUCGAGUUCUCCAAGCUGGGCUACAUCGGUAAGCUCUACCGCUCCAGUGACCUUCCUCGCCUGGCUCGCUUCCUCCUCCUCUUCUACCAGGAGAUGCCCUGUGACUGGCUGCUGGUCUACUUUCGCCUCCUGCUCACCCAGAAGGACGUCAUCCGCUUCAAGCCCUCCCUCUUCCAGCACAUGGGCCUCUACUCCUCCUUCCAGGGCACCGUCAACCGGCUGGAGGACGACGAGUUCGAGGCCGACGCCAUGGACCUCCCAGACAACCCUCCCGCAGCCUUGUUCACCAGCAUGACUGUCUUUGAGAACUACGAGCCCCUCAAGGCUUACAGUGCCUCAGGGGGGUACUUUUGGGGGAAAAACCCAGAAGAUGGCAGCACCUUCUGCAUCGUCUUCCAACAACCAGCCCGCAUCACCCGUGUGCGAGUGCGGACGGGCUCUGAUGAGCGCCAGGGGGAUUUCUUGCGUGCAGGGGUGCUGGAGCUGGGCCGGAGGCGACGGGCUGAUGGCCGGGACUGCUCUGCCUACAUCACCGUGGGCACCUUCGAGAAGGGGCUCUUCGAGCGCAGGGGGCUGGAGAAGGGAGCGCCCGGCCCCGUGGAGUGCGUGCGGAUCCGGGUGACCAAGGGCCAGAGCGAGUGGCUCAUCAUCCAGAGCAUCGACAUCUGGACGGUGGCAGACAGCUGACCGCGGGGUGCUGGAGCGGUCGGGUUUUUGCACUAACGAGGAGCUUUUAUUUUUUUCUCAGCCCCUUUUCAGAUGGGGAAUUAAAUUAUUCAGUCCCACCGGU